UACCAUUCUAAUUUAAAUAAAAAACAUCCUACACUAUAAGCGCAUUUUAGCGGUAACCCUAAAAAUUUCAAUUUUUUUUUUUUAAAACUGAAAUAAAUCCGUUUAAUAUUAUUACUUUAAUAUUUUUUGAAUUAUUCUUUUAAUAAUUAACAAAACUAGUUAUUUCGUGCCAUCUUCAACCCUUCUAUGUUUAAAAAAAACAAAAAAUUCAUUUCUCUCUCCUCCUGUGCUUUCUCUUUCUUACUAGCAAACGCAAAACGACACCGGCGACGGUCGUUUUACCUUCCGUCAACAUCUUUCCGGUGAUCUUUUUCUCUAUCAUUUCUCCUUGAUGUUCUCUCUGCAAAUUCUGUAAGCUCCGAUCUAAUCACUCUUAAUUCUUUAAUUUCAAUCAUCAUACAUAAUCUGUUUUCAAAUUCUGUAAUUUGUAUUAUAAGCUUCAAUUUAAUCGACUUUCAUUAGUUUAUAUCUGAUUAAUUUUAAGAAAAGUUCAUCAAUUUUACCUCCCCUGGCAGUCGUCAAUGUCUGCCAGGGUUUUGUUUGUAAAGAUUGUGUGAUUAGUGAUGAAAUUUAGGGUUAAUUUUAGGAUUAAGGUUAGUGUUAGGGUUAUGUGAUGAUGGUAGUGAUAGUAGAACAGUUGGUUAUUUGAGAAAAUGGUUCGAUUAUUAGGGAUCAGUAUUGGGGAACCGGAUGAAUGUCCUAGGGAGAUUACCCGGACCAACCCAAUUACUAGUAGUGAAAGUAUUGGAGAAAAUGGUUGGCUUAUUCGGUUCUUUGAUUCAGCGUUUUUCUGUGAGUGGAUUGCUGUUAGUUACUUGUAUAAACAUGAACACUCUGGUGUGCGGGAUUACCUGUGUAAUCGAAUGUAUACACUUCCGUUAUCGGGAAUUGAGAGCUACUUGUUUCAAAUUUGUUAUAUGAUGGUGCAUAAACCAAGUCCGUCGUUGGAUAAGUUUGUGAUUGAUGUGGCUUCAAAGUCACUUAAGAUUGCUUUGAAGGUGCAUUGGUUUUUGAUGGCGGAGAUUGAGGAUACAGAUGAUAAUGAAGGGAUCAGUAGGAUUCAAGAGAAAUGUCAAAUCGCUGCUACGUUGAUGGGUGAGUGGCCACCACUUAUAAGGCCUCAGAAUGAGGGUGUUGGGUCCGGUGGCAAGAGUCCAAUGCUCAACAAGCUUCUUUCUUCAAAACAACGGUUGUUGUCGUUGACAUCCUCACCACCAAUGCAGAAGUCUUUGACAUUUUCGCCGUCAUCAGGGUCUAAUUUUGAAGAAGAAGGUGGGAAAAUGUCACCAGAUGAGAAUAGCAAGUUUUUCAAGAAGUUUAUACCAGGUCCAAAAGUUAGGGAUGCUUUGCUCUUUAGGAAAUCGGCUGAGAAACAAGAUGAUGACUCGGAUAAAGAUGGAUUCUUUAGGAGGCUGAUGAGAGACAGUAAAGAUGAGGAUGAAGAGUUGACAGCCAGUUCAGAGAGCUUUUUUAAGCGGCUUUUUCGUGAUAGUAAGAAUGAAUCUGAUGAGAAGUCGGUUUCUCGUUCGGUAGAUGAUGAUGAGAAAGAGAAUUUCUUCAGGAAAAUCAUCAAGGAUGUUUUUGAUGAUAAGAAGGAUAACAAUGAAAGAAUUGAGGAAGAAGACAAGGAUAAGACAUGGAAAUCAGUUGGUGAUGAUGAGAAGGAAGGUUUUUUUAGGAAGCUUUUCAAGGACAAGUUUGAGGACAAAAAGGAUGGGAAUGAGGGAAAUGAGGAUGAAGACAAAAGCUUUUCCAGGUCGGUUAGGGAUGAUGACAAAGAAGGAUUUUUUCGGAAGUUUUUCAAGGAAAAGUUUGAUGAAAAGAAGGAUGGACAUGAGAGGAAAGAUGAUGAAGAUGACGAGAAAGAAGGUUUCUUCCGUAAGAUUUUCAAGGAGAAAUCCGAGAAGAAAAAUGUCACUGAGAACUUCGAUGAUGAAGAAAAAAUUCGUGUCUAUGGUGAGGAUGAGGAUUCUUCAGAUUUUUCACUGUUCCGCAGGUUAUUUCGUGUACAUCCUGAAGAGGCAAAAACUACAACUUUGGACGCAAAUGGUUUUGAAGGCAGUCCAGGAACAGAGAAUUUCUUUCGCAAGUUAUUUCGAGAUCGUGAUAGAUCUGUGGAGGAUUCUGAGCUGUUUGGCCUGAAAAAGAUUAAAGAGAAAAAUCUUGGCUCAGUCAGCUCGCUCUCACAACAGAAUCAAAAAGCAAACUCGAAGCCUCCUCUUCCAAACAGUGCCGCCUCUCAGUUUCGUAAAGGAGCAUAUCAUGAGUCAUUAGACUUUGUACAUGCACUAUGCGAGACUUCCUUCGGCUUAGUUGACGUGUUUCCCAUUGAAGAUCGCAAAUGCGCACUAUGUGAGUCCCUUGCAGAGAUCAAUUCCCAUGUGACUGAAGCUCAAACUGGUGGAGGAGUUUGCUUUCCUAUGGGAAAAGGGGUUUAUCGUGUGCUGAAUAUACCUGAAGAUGAAGCUGUGCUUUUAAAUUCCCGAGAGAAAGCGCCUUACCUUAUAUGUGUGGAGGUUUUGAAAUGUGAAACACCAAGUUUUGUCAAGGAUACAUCAAACUCACAAAAGCUGUCGAAGGGAGGAAUUCCAUUAGCAAAUGGAGAUGCACUAUUGCCAAAGCCCCCUCCAUGGGCCUAUCCACUGGGGACUGUACAAGAGUCCUUCCAUAAUGAUGAUAGAAUGUCCAAAUCAACCUCUCAGGUGAUUGAUCGAGCUAUGGGUCAGUUCAAGGAUGCAAAAGUAAAGUUUGUUAGUGUUAGUUUAUCAGUGGAGGAACAUUGCUGCGAUGAUCCCUUCCAUGGACAUGGUAAAUUUUUGAGAGUUGGACAACAUUCUGAUUUGGAAUAUGUUAGAGUUGUGUUGACAGCUGAUCCUAGACUAAGAUUAGAAGACAUAGAGGAUCAGCAGCCUCCUCACAGGAAAGAGCAUCGGCGCGUUCCAAGUGUGAUAGCUAUGGAAGAAGUAAAGGCUGCAGCUGCUAAGGGGGAAUCUCCUCUUGGGUUACCAUUGAAAGGGGCCGGUCAAGAUUCAUCAGAUGCACAACCUAAGGCUGCAAAUGGUGGUCCUCCGAAGGCCACAGACGCAUUAUCUGGUGAACUGUGGGAAGUAAAAAGGGAGAGAAUUCGAAAAGCUUCUGUCUUUGGAAAAUUGCCUGGGUGGGAUUUGCGUUCUGUUAUCGUGAAAAGUGGCGAUGAUUGCAGACAGGAGCAUUUGGCUGUACAACUUAUCUCUCACUUUUAUGAUAUUUUCCAAGAAGCUGGCCUUCCUCUAUGGUUGCGCCCUUAUGAAGUCUUGGUAACCUCUUCAUAUACAGCUCUUAUCGAGACAAUUCCUGACACGGCCUCAAUUCAUUCAAUUAAGAGUAGAUAUCCCAAUGUCACAAGUUUGCGUGAUUUCUUCAAUGCAAAGUAUCAGGAGAACUCUCCAAGUUUUAAGCUUGCUCAGCGCAACUUUGUGGAAAGUAUGGCGGGCUACUCCCUUGUCUGCUAUCUUCUACAGAUCAAGGAUCGGCACAAUGGUAACCUUUUGUUAGAUGAAGACGGCCAUAUUAUACAUAUUGACUUCGGGUUUAUGCUGUCCAACUCUCCUGGGGGUGUUAAUUUUGAAAGUGCACCUUUCAAAUUGACUCGUGAACUUCUCGAGGUGAUGGAUUCAGACGCCGAGGGAGUUCCCAGUGAGUUUUUUGAUUAUUUUAAAGUUCUUUGCAUUCAAGGCUUCCUUACAUGCCGCAAACAUGCAGAGCGAAUCAUCCUUCUUGUGGAAAUGCUGCAGGAUUCUGGAUUCCCGUGCUUUAAAGGGGGCCAAAGAACUAUACAAAAUUUGAGAAAACGUUUUCAUCUAAGUCUUACUGAUGAGCAAUGUGUUUCGUUGGUACUAUCCUUGAUAAGCAGCAGCUUAGAUGCAUGGCGGACAAGACAAUAUGACUACUAUCAGAGGGUUUUGAACGGAAUAUUAUGACGUCACACUUGUUUUUUGGAAAUGGCUAUACAAAUUCAAAUUGAGCUGAUUCUAGUUUAAAGGACUUUGAUCGAAGUGAGCCUGUGCCUAUAUAGUCAAAGAACAUGGUGUACUGGUCUUCGUGUUAUCGAGUGCUUUUGAAGAUUCGAAGAGGAUAAUGGUAAAUAUGCAGCCUGGUUUUUAUUUACGUGGGUAUUGAAACUCUAUCAGCAUGCAAAAUUCAAUGGAAGUAGAAAAACAAGCUGGAAUUUUUUUUUAGGGAAGGUGAUUACAAUUCGUGCUUGUCCAUGUUCUGUGUUUCAUAUCUUAUGAAGGCUUUUACUUGACAGUUUCCAUCGAAGCUCAGAAUGGGUACAUAACCGUCUAACUCAUUCUCAGUACUUCUGACACUGUAAAUAGUGAUUUUCUUCCGAGGGUAAAAGGCUCGUCUUGAGUUUUUUUUGCAUCUAUCCUCCGACACCAGCAUUGAAGUUGUACAUUUCGGAAUACAAUUGAUAAGGUCGAAUGGGCUUUUACUGGAAUUUGUUUAUAAGAGGCACGUGUGCUUGCCACCUUGGCUUUCGUGUGGUUUAAAUGUGAAUUUUUGCAUUCAAUUUGUAAGCAACCAGCCUUCCUUGCUUUUGAGUGAUAACUUGUGUAUAAUUCUCUUGUAUUAAGCUUUAUUGUGAGUGAUUUGUUGUCACCGAACUGACCCUUGUGGUGAUUUGUUAUCUCUUUUAGUAUUUUGUUUUCCCCGCCCUCUUUUUCUCCGUACUUGUGACAAAUUAGCAUCUUAGUUCUUUUGAUAAAUAGAGUAAGGAAAGCAAGUAUUGUGACAUGGAUUGAAGAAUUGUAAGAAUCUAAUUUCUUGAAAGUUGCUCAAAUUCUUGUGCAAA